CGAAAAAGUGAUUUGAUAAACGACGUUCAAGGGGGAUUACUAAUAAUAAAUAUAUUAUAUACACUAUUCAAUAUCUUGAUUUAGCGAUCUAAAUAUCUGUUAAUAGGUGGUAUUAGAUACUUUAUACAUACGAUGAGUACACACAAUAUACCACCAUCGACACUGUAUUGGUCACCUCAUUCAUAUCCUUCUUCAUUAGUUAGAUUAUGCAUGUUGGAGAAAAUAUAUGAAUCCAAGGACCUUAAGUUAAUACAGGUUGAUUUAAAUAUGGGUGACAACUUUCAUCCAUCUUUUUUAAGUAUCAAUCCAGCUGGAACUGUACCUUUACUACUCGUACCAAACGCCGAGAGUAUACAACCAGACAGAGCACCUGAGUUUACAAGAAUUGCAGAUACAAAAAAUAUAUGCAAUUUUUUAGCAACCAAACGUAGAUCAAUUCCGUCACUUAUACCAUUACCCCAUUUAGUUAAAAAGUCAAAUGAGAUUAUAGAUUACCUACAUUCAGGCGAUUUAGAUACAAAUUUUUUAAUGUUA